CACAGAGAAGGAGAAACAACAAAGAUGACCCGAAACCCUCCAACAUCACCGGACCUUCCAUGCACGCUCCGGUUCUUCCUCUUCAUCCUCACCUUCGUUCUCAAUACCGCUCGCCGCUCCAACGGCACGGUAAACCGCCCUUUUCUGAAAGUCUUCGACUCCAAGGCCUCUCCUUCAAACAAACGCGACGUCAAAACCACUGAUGUAAUGGUUGACCCCUCCCGCAAUCUAUGGUUCCGCCUCUUCGUCCCCACCACCACCACAACCACCAAACUCCCUGUGAUAAUAUACUUCCAUGGUGGCGGUUUCGUCUUCUUCUCUGCCAACUCAACUCUCUUCGAAGGCAUCUGCAGACGACUCGCCCUGAAGCUCCCUGCCAUCGUCAUCUCCGUCAACUACCGUCUCGCGCCGGAGUAUCGUUACCCGUCAGCUUUCGAAGACGGAUUCGACGUGCUGAAGUUUGUUGAUACGGAAAACUUCGAGGGGUUUCCGAGUAUCGCUGACCUCGGUAGGUGUUUCCUUGCCGGUGACAGCGCCGGCGGCAACAUAGCUCACCACGUGGCUGUCAUGGCGGGUGAGCACGAGUUUUUGAAGAUGAAAGUGAUUGGCAUCAUAGGGAUACAACCGUUUUUUGGCGGGGAAGAAAGGACUGAAUCGGAAACCAAGCUUAAAAACACGUUGAUACUCUCUCUGGAGAUAACUGACUGGUACUGGAAGGCGUUUUUGCCGGUCGGGGAGGACAGAGACCACCCUUUGGUUAAUGUAUUCGGUCCCCGAUCGGAUGCUGUUCUUGGGAUAAACUUUCCGGCAUCGAUUGUUUUCGUUGCUGGGUUUGAUCCAUUGAAAGACUGGCAAAAGAGAUACUGCGAGGGGUUGAAGAAAGCUGGAAAAGAAGUUUACAUGGUCGAGUACCCGAAUGCAUUUCAUGGAUUUUACUGUUUUCCUCAGCUAAAGGAGUGGUCGUUAUUAGUUGAGGAGGUGAAGGAUUUCAUUGAGAAGCAAUCAGCUGCUCAGUAACUUCAUUUGUUUAUUUGUACGUUCAAUAAUGGCGGAUAUAAUAGUACGUGUUUAAUUAUUUAGGGAGUGAUAUAGCGAACACGAAAAAUGGGAUCAACACAUCUUCCUCCAUCAAAUCUUUGUAGUGCGUAUAGGAACACAUGUCAAUUUAUUUAUUUAUUUUGUGGUGAAUCAUUUUCCUCUUAGCCGGAGAGCUAGCUUCAAACGACAGGUUAGUCUGGCAUUUCCACAAGAAGGGAUUUUUUUUACUACAAAUAGUGCUUAUUUUGUUGCUCGAUCUAGACAUU